AUGGUGGUUCUAGUGCAUUUCAUAAAAUCUAAAAUUCAUCCUAUCUUCAUCAAGUUACAGUUUUCGCUUUAAAGAUGACUAUGGAUGAGUACUUGUUUAUGUAUUAGACUUAACAAAUUUAUAUGAAUCUAUGCAGUAAGAAACCCUCUUUCGAACUCGAUAGCACGAAGCAUUCUCGAAUUAUUUGAAAAAUAGCUAUCGCUCUUCUUUUUGAAAUGGACAUUAAUUUCUAAAUAGAGAUGUGCAGGACUAACUUUAGUUUCACGACCGGAAUCUGAAUUUGAAGAUUUGUCGGAACCGGGACUACAAGAAAGGCAUGUGAUCUGGGAUGAGUGAAAAAAGUUAUCGGGACCAGCAUCACAAAAAAAACUUGAUCCCGCAGGUCUCUAUUCCUUAAUUAAGCUUUAAACAAGCAUUAUAAUCUACUUAUAAAUUAAAGUCAGUCAAAAAACAAAAAACGAAAUUUUUCUUUGUUUUUUUUAGAAUGAUCAAAAUCAACAGGAAGAAACAAAUGAUUCGUCUGACAUAGUUAAUGAUGAUAUUAAAAUAAAACAUCCAGAAUCAUUUUCAUUUACAAAUGAUACAAAUGAAACAUUUGUUGAUAGCAAUACUACAACACCAGUUGAGGAAAUUAGUUCACAUUUUAUUUCUACUGAUCCUAUGACAACAAGUUUUGUUGAUGGAGCACCUAAUACUCGAAAUCCAUUUCUUGAUAAAAUUGAUGAUAUAGAAAUAAUUCAUCAUAAUAUACCAACAACAACAAAAAAUACAAUGCCAUCAAUUGAAGAGAUUAAUCCACAAAGUUUACCAAUGGAUGAUGAAAAUCAUUCGAAAAAAUCAACAGUUAGUAAAUCAAGUGUUCCAACAAUUUCAAUUAAUAAUUCACGUAAAUCAAAACAAACAUUACCAUCAGGUCCUAUAUUUUAUGUUGAUGUUGCAUAUAUUCCAUAUCAUGGUAAUGAACAUUAUGUUGAUAGUGAAUUUUUUCGUCGUAUACGUGCUCGUUAUUAUAUAUUAAAUGCUGUUGAAAUAAAUCGUCUUACAUUAGAAUCUUUAAUUGAUGGAAAACAACAAUGGGAUAAACAAGAACAAAUACCAGUAACACUUGUACCAGCAUAUGAUGGUGAUCAAUUACGACAAUUUUUUGUUAUGCAUAAAACUCGUUUAGCUGAACUUAAUAUAAAUAUUAUUCCAGCAGCAACUCGGUGUAAUGUGCAAUAUGAUGAUGAAGGUUCACCUGCACAACGUUUACGUUUUAGUAAUGAACAAUAA